CUGCGCAGUGCGCGCCCGCUCAUGUUGUUGCCGUCCCGGCGCAGGGCGCGGGGCCCCGCUCCCCCGGCGCGGCGCUGAACUCCGCGGGGCCGCCCCGGGGCCCCGGCAGGGGCUGGGCGGCGGGGGCGGGGGGCGCCCUGAGGGCCGAGCCCAGCCGAAGGGGCCGCGGCGGCCGCUGCCUGCUGCCCGCUAGGGCCUGAUGGAAGACACAAAGGAGCUGAGUCUCCCCUCUUCUUGUGUGAAACCCCCUGGGGAAGAGGCUAUGGACAAAACCAUUGGCAAACAGCAGAAACUGGCUUCAGACAAAAUGCUGUCAUACAUAGCAAAUGAAGAGACAGGAAAAACAUUUCUGUAAUUUUCCAGCUGAGAUUUUACUUAUAAUAAGAGUGGAAGGCACAUUUCCAGAUAGAGAGCACUGUAUCCAUGGCAACGUGUUCAACUUCUGUCUUAAUCUACGCACACGUGCACACAAACGAAUAACUGAUCUUGCAUCUUGCUGGUAAUAGUAUCAGUGAUAGUGUACAGACAGAACAUACUUCACGAACAGAAAGGAAAAGACGCGAUUCAUUCGGGAUGUUUGACGGUUAUGAUAGUUGUAGUGAGGACACCAGCAGCAGCUCCAGUUCAGAUGAGAGUGAAGAAGAGGUUGCUCCUUUGCCAUCCAGUCUCCCAAUCAUAAAGAACAAUGGACAGGUCUAUACUUAUCCAGAUGGUAAAUCUGGCAUGGCUACAUGCGAGAUGUGUGGAAUGGUUGGUGUCCGUGACGCUUUUUACUCCAAAACGAAACGCUUCUGCAGUGUAUCAUGUUCCAGAAGCUAUUCAUCGAACUCCAAGAAGGCCAGCAUUCUGGCCAGACUUCAGGUAGCGGGUAAACCUCCAACAAAAAAGGCUAAAGUUCUACAAAAACAACCAUUGGUGGCUAAAUUAGCAGCAUAUGCUCAGUACCAAGCAACUUUACAAAACCAGGCAAAGACUAAAGCAGCUGUCCCUGUGGAAGGUUUCAGCUGGGGUAACUACAUCAAUAGCAAUAGCUUUACAGCAGCUCCUGUCACCUGUUUUAAACAUGCACCUAUGGGGACAUGCUGGGGUGAUAUCUCAGAAGGAGUACGAGUGGAGGUUCCAAACACGGACUGCAGCCUACCUACCAAAGUCUUCUGGAUAGCUGGAAUUGUAAAAUUAGCAGGCUACAAUGCUCUGCUAAGAUAUGAAGGCUUUGAAAAUGAUUCAAGCCUUGACUUCUGGUGCAACGUUUGUGGGACUGAUAUCCACCCGGUUGGUUGGUGUGCGACCAGUGGAAAGCCUCUAGUCCCUCCUCGAACCAUCCAACACAAAUACACAAACUGGAAAGCUUUUCUAGUGAAACGACUUACUGGUGCCAAAACACUUCCUCCUGACUUUUCUCAGAAGGUGUCUGAAAGUAUGCAGUAUCCAUUCAAAACUUCCAUGAGAGUAGAAGUUGUUGACAAAACACACCUUUGUCGAACAAGGGUAGCGGUUGUAGAGAGUGUCAUUGGGGGACGAUUAAGAUUGGUAUAUGAAGAAAGUGAAGACAAAACGGAUGACUUCUGGUGCCAUAUGUACAGUCCACUCAUUCAUCACAUUGGUUGGUCUCGAAGUAUAGGACACAGAUUCAAAAGAUCUGAUAUUACAAAGAAACAGGAUGCACAUUUUGAUGCACCCCCACAUUUAUUUAUGAAGGUAAAAGAGGUUGACACAGCUGGAGAAUGGUUUAAAGAAGGAAUGAAAUUGGAAGCUAUAGACCCCUUAAACCUUUCAGCAAUAUGUGUGGCAACUAUUAGAAAGGUUUUAGCAGAUGGCUAUCUUAUGAUUGGGAUUGAUGGCUCAGAAGCAGCAGAUGGGUCUGAUUGGUUUUGUUACCAUGCCACUUCCCCUUCUAUUUUCCCUGUUGGUUUCUGUGAAAUUAACAUGAUUGAACUAACUCCACCCAGAGGGUAUGCAAAACUCCCUUUCAAAUGGUUUGACUACCUCAGGGAAACUGACUCAAUAGCAGCACCUGUAAAGCUCUUCAAUAAGGAAGUUCCAAACCAUGGGUUUCAUGUUGGAAUGAAACUGGAGGCUGUUGAUCUGAUGGAACCUCGCCUGGUAUGUGUGGCCACAGUAACUCGCAUUAUCCAUCGUCUGUUGAGGAUACACUUUGAUGGGUGGGAAGAUGAAUAUGAUCAGUGGGUGGAUUGCGAGUCCCCAGACCUCUAUCCAGUGGGAUGGUGUCAGCUAACUGGAUAUCAACUACAGCCUCCAGCGCCACAGUCAUCAAGAGAUAACCAGUCAAGUUCAUCAAAACAGAAGAAAAAAUCAAAAUCGCAACAAUACAAAGGACAUAAAAAAAUGUCUUCAUUGCAGCUGAAGGAGGAGUUGCUAGAUGGAGAAGAAUAUAGCUUCCUUCAAGGAGCAUCUGAUCAGGAAAGCAACGGAUCUGCCAGUUACUACAUUAAACAAGAACCAUAAGGCAGCUCAGAAAAGUGAGGGGCAGAUUAUUGGUGAUAGGAAAAGAGCCUUUCUCCAAGACUGACUGAUCUCGUUCCCACUUUGAUGGUGCAGUUUGGAUGACUGUACCUGGGGCACUUUGCUAACUGUAGAUGAGUUAGACUCAGUUCAGAAUUUUUUGGAAGGGCGGGGAAACUAUUUUAGUGAAAAAAAGAUUUUUCAAUUUAUUAAAAACAAGAAUGGACACUUUUGUGUUGUAUUUGAAGCUUUUGAAAGAAUUUUGUAAUAUUUUCAAGUUCAGAUUUAUUGUGCAUUGUUAACAAGAACUGAAAAUCUAAUUUUUUUGGUAAGAUUAAAGUUUAAUUAGCACGAUUGUGGGAAGCGGUUGGAGGAAGAUAUAGUUGCAAGUACAGAUGAACUGUCAUGACAAAUGAACCUUUUUGGUACAAGUUGGGAGACUUACAGACUCUUGUGAACUGCACUGGUCACGCCUCUGUUUUCUUAUGGUGAAAAUAAGGCAUUUAAGCUCUGAUUUAGAGGCAUAAAUUGUAUAUGGAAGAUAGUCCUGUAAAGCUCUACUCAGUGAGUAGCCCCAGUUGCAAUGGAGCCAUCACGUGAGGGAGGUUUUUAACUUUUCAAUAUGUUUUUAUUUAGUUUUAAAUGCUUUUUUUUAUAUAAGACGUUUUGUAAUUUUAAAAAGUUCCUUAGGGUCUGAAUCAGUGCCCAUUAAUAUCAGUAGCCUUGUCUUCAGUGACUGCAGUGGGCAUUGCAUUGGGACUAUAAAGCUCUUGUCUAUAUGUGGAUGUGUGUAGUCUUGGAAUGCUCCAGCAACUGUUUACAGAGCCCUAUGCCAAACUGGAACUUCAGAAAAUUCCCACAUUUGGAAGAUUAAGUUUAGCUCUGAAUUUAGGCUAAAGAAGCUUACUAAGUAACUCAGGCCUUCCCUUGAGACUGGGAAGGAACUUCAGAGUAUUCUGAUUAUUUUUUCUUCCAUUCAGAAAGACCUAGCUGUUGCCUUGCCAUCUUAAAUAUUUAUUUCUGAACAUUCAAAACUGAUGUUCCAUGUGAUUUCAGUUGAGCUAAAAUGAGCCAAGCAUUGCAAAUUAAAAAAAAAAAAUUCAUUCGUGCACAGCCUGCAGUUCCUUUCUUGCUGCAGUAGUGUAAUAUGGAAGUUGAGAUUUGAGAAGUAUAUAAAUCACAUACAAUCUAGCAUAUAAUUCACAAACUGGAUUUGCUUAUUGCCUGGAAUCUUUGUGUCAAGUAUCCCAUUAAUCCCACCUGUUUGACUGUCCAGUGGCUUUAAAGGCAAAAGUCAUGCAGAAGGAUGAAAAUGAUUAAUAGUAAAAUACAAAGUACUUUUGCAUGAACUCUUAAUUAUUUGGAUUUUCUUUCCAUAGUUUUUAACUUUGUAUGUUUAUUUAGAUGGCUUCAUUUAUGGAGUUGGUUAGUAAAGUUAUUUAUCAGCCCUGCAGAGCUGUGACUGGAAAAAUGUGCAUCAAGAGCUUUAGCUUUUACCAGUAAGGUUCAUUAACUAAACUCUCAGGAAUUAAUUGCAUAUGUUCUAUAAGUGCUUCUGGGUCUUAGUAGGUCCCCUUCAGAGCAGUACAAUGAUCAUCUGACUCUUGACUAUAAGUUAGGGCUUAAAAAAAAAAAAAUAACUUUUUUGUUCCUACAGCCUAAAAAAUGCUUUAAGGAUAUCAACCCACAGAGCCCCAGGAGACCAUUUUUUUGUAUAUUGUUGUUUGAAUU